AUGAUAGCAGAGUCCGAGUGCCGGUCUUUUCAAGACGAUCUGGCCUCAUCUAGAGUCCGCCUGUAUUUCUUCAUCUCGAAUGAAGGGAACCAGAACUUGUUUGUCGUUCAAGCCAGCCUGUGGCUUUACUUGAAGCUGCUUCCAUAUGUCUUAGAGAAAGGCAGCAGGCGAAAAGUAAGAGUCAAAGUCUAUUUCCAAGACCCGGACACUAGCAACAAGUGGAAUGUGGUUGAAAAGAAAGUUGAUCUCAAAAGAAGUGGUUGGCACACUUUUCCCAUGACAGAGGCAAUCCAGGCUCUGUUUGAGAGAGGAGAAAGGAGACUGAACUUGGAUGUUCAAUGUGAGGGCUGUGAAGAGUAUUCAGUGCUGCCAAUUUAUGUGGACCCUGGGGAGGAAUCCCACCGGCCUUUUUUAGUGGUGCAAGCCCGCCUCGCCGAUAACAAACACAGGAUCCGGAAAAGAGGCCUGGAGUGCGAUGGCAGGACCAAUCUAUGUUGCAGGCAACAGUUUUACAUUGACUUUAGACUCAUUGGGUGGAAUGACUGGAUCAUAGCACCAUCAGGUUACUAUGGGAAUUACUGUGAAGGGAGCUGCCCGGCCUACUUGGCCGGUGUCCCGGGGUCGGCUUCCUCCUUUCACACCGCUGUCGUGAAUCAGUACCGAAUGCGGGGGCUGAACCCGGGCACCGUGAACUCCUGUUGCAUUCCAACCAAACUUAGCACAAUGUCAAUGCUGUACUUUGAUGAUGAAUACAACAUUGUGAAAAGGGACGUUCCCAAUAUGAUUGUGGAAGAAUGUGGUUGUGCUUGAUUUAAGGUGUGUUUUUGGGGGGGGAGAGAGAGAGAGAGAGAAAGAGAGAGAGAGAGAAACAUUCCCGUACAAGAUGGUGUUAGAGGAAGUUUCACUGUGUAUCCAGGCAUCAGUGUUGGAAAGUCACUGUGGAAAAGUUUGACAAAAAAAAAAAAGAAAAAAAAAUCAUUUCACUUUGAUGUCAGGACAGUGGCAGUUUGUGGAUCUUGGACACUUAUAUAUUCUACCACUUAUAAGUUAAUGCUAUGAAAUAUUUUAAAGACACACACACACACACACACACACACAAAAUGUGGGCACGCACACAAACACGGGCUCAUACACACACGCACAGACACAGACGCACACACAAGGCAGCUCAGAAAAGGGACAUGAGCACAGAAAGUCAGUGACCAGUGACGACGGACCUAAAUGCCUGCCAGUACGAGUGAGCGGCUGAGCAGCUGUUUCCCCGCCUGCCGGCGACGCCAGACCGAAAUGAGCUCCCUUUGCUCAGGCAAAAGCACAGACUGCGAGAACACAACGUAGUCUUGCAUGCAGGUGUCGAAAUGACCAAACUUA